AAUGUCCCCGAUCGUUAAGUACGGAGGGACACGUGUACAUCCUACGUUCAUUCGACGUUUUGUUCAGCGUGCUCCAUGAAUGGGCGAAUGUUUCUACAGAUACAAAAGAAGAAGCUUGGAGUAUUGUACUGCGGGGUUGCGAAGUGUGUGUACGUCAACUGGCUUCCACGUUGGAAGGCAAUGAUAGUUUGAAUUGUGGACUGAAUCGAACUGAAAUGGCUACGCAACGUACUGCCUUAAAAAUGCAUGUCUAUCUCCUAUGCCAAUUUGUGGAUAUGUUCGAGAAUGAACUGAAUGCCCAGGCUAAAUCUACGGCUGCAGUCAAGGUCGGUCGAGGUCGAGCUCGUGGUGGUGCUGCUGCAAACCGCGCUGGUCGUAAUCGUCAACUUGAUGAUGAUGAUUACAACGUGUCUUCCGGUCUAAGUUUGGCCAUGGAUUGGAUCGAGGAAUGCGAAAAAGCGGUAUGUGUGCUAGAUCAGGUCUGUCGUCUUCAAGUGAAUAAACUGUGGGAUCCGCCAAUAGCCGAAGAAGAUUUUGUCAAGUGA